AUGGAAGUCGCAAUCCAGCUCGACGAGAAGGUGGUCUAUUACACAAAUGAGGACGAGGUGUCCGGUCAUGUCGUCCUUCGCAGUGAUACCGAACUUGACAUCGCCACGAUACUCUUCCAACGGAAUGAACAGAUUUUCCCGCCCGUCAACUGUGCCGGAUGGUUCACUUCGGGAGCCGUUACGAUGCCCCCCGGGGAACACUCGUUUCCAUUCUCCAUUAUGUUUCCUCAUGUCUCGGAAUGCUACAAGGGUAGUACUAGAGAUGCCGUUCACACGCGAUCAGCAAACCGUCAACUACACCAUCUCUUACGAAAGCUUCCGCCGUCCAGUGGAAAUUUCAACACUCCUGAGGAGAUCAGAUAUUCUCUGGAAGCUAUCAUCACGCAGAAUGGGCUCAUGUACAGAACCUACAGAUCCGUUGAGUAUACCAUCUUGGGCGGCUAG